AUGAGUGCGAGUUUGGACGCCGAGAUGGCUGUUUUUGGCGAAGCUGCUCCCUACCUUCGAAAAUCGGAAAAGGAGCGGAUUGAAGCCCAAAACAAGCCCUUCGAUGCUAAAUCAUCAGUCUUUGCGGUGGAGCCCAAGGAAUCCUAUGUGAAGAGCAUCAUACAAAGCAAAGAAGGAGGGAAAGUAACUGUAAAGACAGAAUGUGGAGCAACUCUAACUGUCAGAGAAGACCAAGUCUUCCCCAUGAACCCUCCCAAAUUUGACAAGAUCGAGGACAUGGUCAUGAUGACCCACCUGCACGAGCCAGCAGUGCUGUACAACCUCAAAGAGCGUUACGCAGCCUGGAUGAUCUAUACCUACUCGGGCCUCUUCUGCGUCACCAUCAACCCCUACAAGUGGCUGCCGGUGUACAACCCUGAGGUGGUGGCUGCCUAUCGAGGCAAAAAGCGCCAGGAGGCCCCGCCCCACAUCUUCUCCAUCUCUGACAACGCCUUUCAGUUCAUGCUGACUGAUCGUGAGAACCAGUCCAUCCUGAUCACCGGAGAAUCGGGGGCUGGGAAGACUGUGAACACGAAGCGCGUCAUCCAGUACUUUGCAACAAUUGCGGUCACUGGGGAGAAGAGGAAGGAUGAAGGCACUGGUGGCAAAAUGCAGGGGACUCUGGAAGAUCAAAUCAUCAGUGCCAACCCCCUGCUCGAGGCCUUUGGCAACGCCAAGACCGUGAGGAACGACAACUCCUCUCGCUUUGGUAAAUUCAUCAGGAUCCACUUUGGUACCACAGGGAAACUGGCUUCUGCUGAUAUUGAAACAUAUCUUCUAGAAAAGUCUAGAGUUACUUUCCAGUUAAAGGCAGAAAGAAGCUACCAUAUUUUUUAUCAGAUAACUUCCAAUAAGAAACCAGAUCUGAUUGACAUGCUCCUGAUCACCACCAACCCGUAUGACUAUGCCUUCGUCAGUCAAGGGGAGAUCACAGUCCCUAGCAUUGAUGACCAAGAAGAGCUGAUGGCCACUGAUAGAGCCAUUGACAUCCUGGGCUUUACUCCCGAGGAGAAAGUGUCCAUCUACAAGCUCACAGGGGCAGUAAUGCAUUAUGGGAACAUGAAAUUCAAGCAAAAGCAGCGUGAGGAGCAAGCGGAGCCAGAUGGCACCGAAGUUGCUGACAAAGCUGCCUAUCUCCAGAGUCUGAACUCUGCUGAUCUACUCAAAGCCCUUUGCUACCCCAGGGUCAAGGUCGGCAAUGAAUACGUCACCAAAGGCCAGACUGUGCAGCAGGUGUACAAUGCAGUGGGCGCUCUGGCCAAAGCCGUCUACGAGAAGAUGUUCCUGUGGAUGGUCACCCGCAUCAACCAGCAGCUGGACACCAAGCAGCCCAGGCAGCACUUCAUCGGGGUCUUGGACAUCGCUGGCUUUGAGAUCUUUGACUACAACAGCCUGGAACAGCUGUGCAUCAACUUCACCAACGAGAAGCUGCAGCAGUUCUUCAACCACCACAUGUUCGUGCUGGAGCAGGAGGAGUACAAGAAGGAGGGCAUCGAGUGGGAGUUCAUCGACUUCGGGAUGGACCUGGCCGCCUGCAUCGAGCUCAUCGAGAAGCCACUGGGCAUCUUCUCCAUCCUGGAAGAGGAGUGCAUGUUCCCCAAGGCCUCAGACACCUCCUUCAAGAACAAGCUGUAUGACCAGCACCUGGGCAAGUCUGCCAACUUCCAGAAGCCCAAAGUGGUCAAGGGCAGGGCCGAGGCCCACUUCUCGCUGAUCCACUACGCGGGCACCGUGGACUACAACAUUGCCGGCUGGCUGGACAAGAACAAGGACCCCCUGAACGACACCGUGGUUGGGCUGUACCAGAAGUCCGCAAUGAAGACCCUGGCCAGUCUCUUCUCCACAUACGCUAGUGCUGAAGCCGACAGCGGCGCAAAGAAAGGUGCUAAGAAGAAGGGCUCUUCUUUCCAGACUGUGUCAGCCCUUUUCAGGGAAAAUUUAAGUAAGCUGAUGACCAACCUGAGGAGCACACACCCUCACUUCGUACGGUGCAUCAUUCCCAACGAAACCAAAACUCCUGGCGCCAUGGAUCAUGAGCUUGUCCUGCACCAGCUGAGGUGUAACGGUGUGCUGGAGGGCAUCCGCAUCUGCAGGAAGGGGUUCCCAAGCAGAAUCUUAUAUGGGGAUUUUAAACAAAGGUACAAAGUUUUAAAUGCAAGUGCUAUUCCAGAUGGACAGUUCAUUGACAGCAAGAAGGCUUCUGAGAAACUUCUUGCCUCUAUUGAUAUUGAUCACACCCAGUACAAAUUUGGACAUACAAAGGUUUUCUUCAAAGCUGGCCUUCUGGGUCUUCUGGAAGAAAUGAGAGACGAAAAGUUGGCCCAGAUUAUAACAAGAACUCAAGCCAUCUGUAGGGGAUUCCUAAUGAGGGCAGAAUAUCAGAAGAUGUUGCAAAGGAGAGAAGCCCUUUUCUGCAUCCAGUAUAACGUACGAGCCUUCAUGAACGUCAAGCACUGGCCCUGGAUGAAACUAUUCUUCAAGAUCAAGCCCCUCCUCAAGAGCGCAGAGACCGAGAAGGAGAUGGCCACCAUGAAGGAAGAUUUCCAGAAAACCAAAGAAGAACUCGCCAAGUCAGAGGCAAAGAGGAAGGAACUGGAGGAGAAAUUGGUGACUCUCUUGAAAGAGAAAAAUGAGCUGCAGCUCCAGGUUCAAUCUGAAGCUGAAGCCUUGGCUGAUGCAGAGGAAAGGUGUGAGCAGCUGAUCAAAACCAAAAUCCAGCUGGAGGCAAAGAUCAAGGAGGCGACUGAGAGAGCUGAGGAUGAGGAAGAGAUCAAUGCUGAGCUGACGGCCAAGAAGAGGAAACUGGAGGACGAAUGUUCGGAACUGAAGAAAGACAUAGAUGACCUUGAGCUGACACUGGCCAAGGUUGAGAAGGAGAAACAUGCCACAGAGAACAAGGUGAAAAACCUCACAGAAGAGAUGGCAGGCCUGGACGAAGUCAUAGCUAAGCUGACCAAGGAGAAGGCGGCCCUCCAGGAGGCCCACCAGCAGACCCUGGAUGACCUACAGGCAGAAGAGGACAAAGUGAACACCCUGACCAAAGCUAAAGCCAAGCUAGAGCAGCAAGUGGAUGAUCUUGAAGGGUCUCUAGAACAAGAAAAGAAACUUCGAAUGGAUCUAGAAAGAGCCAAGAGGAAACUGGAGGGUGACCUAAAAUUGGCCCAAGAAUCUAUAGUAGAUAUAGAGAAUGACAAACAGCAACUUGAUGAGAAACUUAAAAAGAAAGAGUUUGAAAUCAGCAAUUUGCAAAGCAAGAUUGAAGAUGAACAAGCACUUGGCAUUCAACUGCAGAAGAAGAUCAAAGAGCUGCAAGCCCGCACCGAGGAGCUGGAGGAGGAGGUCGAGGCAGAGCGGGCCUCCCGCGCCAAAGCGGAGAAGCAGCGCGCGGACCUCUCCCGGGAGCUGGAAGAGAUCAGCGAGCGGCUGGAGGAGGCCGGCGGGGCCACUUCGGCCCAGAUUGAGAUGAACAAGAAGCGGGAGGCCGAGUUCCAGAAAAUGCGCCGGGACCUGGAGGAGGCCACCCUGCAGCACGAGGCCACGGCGGCCACGCUGAGGAAGAAACACGCGGACAGUGUGGCCGAGCUGGGGGAGCAGAUCGACAACCUGCAGAGGGUCAAGCAGAAGCUGGAGCAGGAGAAGAGCGAGCUGAAGAUGGAGAUCGACGACCUCGCCAGCAACGCGGAGGCCGUGUCCAAGUCCAAGAGUAAAGUGGAAAGAAUGUGCCGGACUGUGGAAGACCAAUUUAAUGAAGUCAAGGCCAAGGAUGACCAACAGACACAGUUAAUCCAUGAUCUGAACACGCAAACAAGCCUGCAGACCCAAAAUGGGGAGCUGAGCCACCAAGUGGAAGAGAAGGCGGCUCUGAUUUCACAGCUAACCGAAAGCAAGCAGGCCCUCACCCAGCAGCUGGAGGAGCUUAAGAGGCAGCUAGAAGAAGAAACCAAGGAGACCUACAUUGUCUUCCCGACCAGGAAAAAACUGGCCCAGAGGCUCCAGGAAGCAGAGGAAAACACAGAGACUGUGAGCUCCAAGUGUGCUUCCUUGGAGAAAACCAAGCAGAGGCUCCAGGGAGAGGUGGACGACCUGAUGCUGGAUUUGGAGCAGGCCAACACCACCUGCGCCUGCCUGAACAAGAAGCAGAGGAACUCGAUAAGGUCCUUCCCCACCGUCCUCGCAGGGUGGAAACAAAAAUUGGAUGAGAGUCAAGCUGAGUUGGAAGCUGCUCAGAAAGAGUCCAGGUCACUUAGUACUGAAAUCUUCAAGAUGCGCAAUGCCUACGAGCAGGUGGUGGGUCAGUUAGAGACACUGAGACCGGAGAACAAAAGUCUGCAAGAGAUUUCCGACUUAAGCAUGCAGACUGCGGAAAUGAGCAGGAAUCUUCAGGAAGUGGAGAAGACCAAGAAGCAAGUGGAAGAAAAGUCAGACCUCCAGGCUGCCCUAGAAGAGAUGGAGGGUUCCUUGGAGCAUGAAGAGAGCAAGAUUUUGCGUGUCCAGCUAGAGUUGAACCAGGUGAAAUCUGAGCUUGACCGCAAGAUCACUGAGAAGGACGGAGAAAUCGAGCAGCUGAAAAGAAACAGCCACCGGGCAGCAGAGGCCAUGCAGAGCGUGCUGGCUGCUGAGAUCCGGAGCCGGAAUGAUGCUCUGAGGCUGAAGAAUAAGAUGGAGGGGGACCUCAGUGAGAUGGAGAUUCAGCUGGGCCACUCCAACCGCCAGGUGGCAGAGACCCAGAAACACCUGUGCUCAGUCUGGAGCCAGCUCAAGGACUCCCAGCUGCAUCUGGAUGAUGCCCUGAGGGGCAAUGAGGACCUCAAGGGGCAGCCGGCCAUCGUGGAGCGCAGGAAUGGCCUCUUGCUGGAGGAGCCGGAGAAGAGCAAGGUGGCCCUGGAGCAGACGGAGUGGACCCGUAAGCUGUCGGAGCAGGGGCUGCUGGAUGCCAGCGACCGCGUGCAGGUCCUUCGCUCCCAGAACACGUGCCUGAUAAAUAGCAAGAAAAAACUGGAAGCUGACAUAGCCCAGUGCCAUGCAGAGGUGGAGAACUCUAUCCAGGAUUCCAAACACGCAGAGGAGACAGCCAGGAAGGCCAUCACGGACGCGGCCAUGAUGGCCGAGGAGCUGAAGGAGGAGCAGGACGCCAGCGCCCACCUGGGGCGCAUGAAGAACCUGGAGCAGACGGUGAAGGACCUGCAGCACCGCCUGGACGAGGCUGAGCAGCUGGCCCUGAAGGGCGGGAAGCAGCAGAUCCAGAAGCUGGAGGCGCGGGUAGGGUGGCAGGAGAGGACUCUCACUCCCAGAGAGUCACAUAGCGGGCUAGAGGCUGAGCAGAAGAGGGGAGCCCAGACCCUGAAGGGCGCGCACAGAUACGAACGGAAGGUCAAGGAAAUGACUUACCAGGCCGAGGAGGACCGCAAGAACAUACUCAGGCUCCAGGACCUGGUGGACAAGCUGCAGGCCAAAGUGAAGGCUUCCAGGAAGCAGGCAGGGGAGGCCGAGGAGCAGGCCAACACGCAGCUGUCCAGGUGCCGGAGGGUCCAGCGCGGGCUGGAGGAGGCCGAGGAACGGGCGGACAUCGCCGAGUCCCAGGUCAACAAGCUGCGGACCAAGAGGCACGACAUGGGGGCCCAGGAUGAAGUGUCAGAGCCAGACGCCCAGGUCUCGGGGCUCCCAGACCAGGGGCCCCUCAACUGGGUGUCCGUAGGAGAGGACCCUGCAGAACCUGAGAUGGAGGCCUAG